CCUCCUCCUGCUUCCUUCCUCCCCCACUCUAGUCAACCUUGCCUGCGAUUGUUGAAUUGGUCACGUCGCACCCAGUUGCUCGCCCUCGUCGCCGCUACAAUGGUCCAUCUGAAGUCUUCGCUCUUGGCCGUUUUGGCCCUGCCCAUCGCCGGCGUGUUCGCUGCUGCGGAGGCCCCAGUCGACACCGACGCUGUUCCCCCGGCCCUCAAGGCUGACAUCGAGACCACCUUCCCCGAUGCCGAUAUCUUUGGUGUGAAGAUCGUCAACGGUCACCCCACCAAGGCCUUGAUUGAAUUCACCAACAAUGAAGAUGCGCCAAUUCAGGUCGCCAUAGUCGGCGGCACCCUGUCCUCCACUCAGGAGCUUCCCGAGGACUCCCUCCCCAGUGACAGCAUCAUCCGCAACCUGACCGCUGCGCGCUACGACCUGACCAUUGAGGCUGGCGACAAGAAGGCUGUUCCCUACUCCUUUGCUCUCGACGCCAACCCUCAGGAUGUUCUCCUUCAGCUUAUUGCUGUUGUGAGCAAUUCCAAGGGUGACGUCUUCCAGGUCCAGGCUUACAACUCCACCGCCGCCAUCGUCGAGCCUCCCACCAGCAUCUUCGACCCCCAGAUCAUUUUCCUCUACCUCUUCCUCUCUGGUGCCUUCGCUGGCACUCUCUACUUCGUCUAUAAGACUUGGAUCGAGGCGCUGUUCCCCCAGGCCAAGAAGGCCAAGUCUUCCAAGAAGGCCCGCACUGUCAGUGUCACCGUGCCUCUGGCUGAGGCUGACACUGCUGGCGUUGCCUCCUCGACUGGCAAGAGCUAUGAUGAGAGCUGGAUCCCCGACCACCACAUCAACAAGCCUGUUGCCAAGCGCGUCAAGAGCGGUGCUAGUGGCAAGCUCAAGAAGGGCUCUGAGUAG